UGUUUGUAUGACUCUUUUUCUUCUUGUCUCUCCAGUAAAUGACUUCAGGAGUGCUUCCCUGUCCCUCCUGGCCUCUCAUUAUAAGCAUGCUCAGCAGGAUGGCGAGGUAGGAAGAGUGGAGUUCCUCCCAGUCAACUGGCACAGCGCUCUACACGGGGAUGCCACUGGUGUGGACGAGGACAUCCAGAGGAUCACUCUACCCAGCAUCAGCAGGCUGAGACAUUUCACCAACGACACCCUGCUGGACCUGUUUUUCUACAACAGCCCCACAUACUGCCAGACCAUAGUGAACACAGUGGCCUCAGAGAUCAACACGCUCCACACCCUCUUUAAACAGAGACACUCAGAGUUCAAUGGGGCUGUUUCAGUAGUGGGCCAUAGCCUGGGUUCGCUGAUCCUGUUUGAUCUGCUCACCAAUCAGAGGACUGGAUCAGAAGCCAGAGAGGGUCUGCCCUCUGGUGAGCAUUUACAUCUGAACUGUGACACACUGCAGCAGACUCUGACCAGACUGGGCCUACAGCAGUACCUGGAUACCCUUCAGGCAGAAAACCUAGACAUGGAGUCACUGGCUCUUUGCCAAGACGGUGAUCUCAAAGAUUUAGGAAUUCCUCUGGGACCUCGGAAGAAGAUCCUGAGCUACGUCAGGAAGAAAUGGCUUUCACAGGAUUUUAAGACGGGGGCAGUACAUCUGCCGGAAGGGUUGCAAGUUCCACCUCCAUUGAACAGCGACCACGAUGGUAACCAGUCUUCAGGAUUCCCGAUGCAGCAGUCCCAGUUCCACAGGGCGCAGUCUGUCACCAGCGCUGUAGACUACGAGUACUUUGACGUUGGCAUCGGACAGGUACCACACACACACACACACACACACACACACACA